CUUUCUUGGCUCUGCUGACACUCGAACCCAGACUCCACUGACUCUCAGCAUCAUGAAGGUCUCCAUGGCUGUCCUCGCUGCCCUCCUGUGUACCAUGACCCUCUGCCACCAGGUCUUCUCUGCACCACUUGGUGCUGACACGCCAACAGCCUGCUGCUUCACCUAUGUGUCCAAGAAGAUUCCACGCCAGUUCGUAGUUGACUAUUAUGAGACCAACAGCCAGUGCUCCCAGCCUGGUGUCAUCUUCAUAACCAAGAGAGGCCGGGAGGUCUGUGCAAACCCGAGUGAGGCCUGGGUCCAAGAAUACAUGAAUGAUCUGGAGCUCAAUGCCUGAGCGGCCUGGAAGAAGUCAGGAACUGACAAACCUCCGAGGAGAGCAAGGACCUAUGCCUUGGAAACAACCUGUGACCUCCACAGUUACCUCACUCGUGGGAACCUUUAACUUAAAUCCUAAUUUAUUUAUGAUAUUUAUUUAUUUUAUUUAAUUUUUAUUUUUAUAAAAAUUUGUGACCAGCUAUAUGAAAGAUCUCAGGACACCUUCUUCACUACCAGUCUCCUCUACUUUUUCUACUCUGUUUGGUGACAGUUGAGUGGCUGUCACCAGCUAGUUCUAGGCAGACAUGGUACCACAGACAGAAAACUGACACAUGCUUCCUGGAUGUUUUUAUUCUGUGCUGUGUCU